CGCGUGCGCAGUGGGGCAGGCCAUGAAGGCCCUGGCGCGGCGUUGCUGGGCGCGGGGGCCGGCGGUCGGCGCUGCGCCCGGGGGGCCGGGGCGGCCGUGGCUGGCGCUGGGCGGGCUCGGCGGCGGGGAGGACGGCAAGGGCGCCCGCGUCCGCGAGAAGCCGCCGUGGCGGGUGCUCUUCUUCGGCACCGACCGGUUUGCACGCGAGGCGCUGCAGGCGCUGCACGCCGCCAGGGAGGACACAGAGCAGGCGUUGGUCGACACGCUGGAGGUGGUCACCGUCCCAUCCCCGUCCCCAAGGGGCCUGCCCGUGAAGCGCUUCGCCGUCCAGGCGCGGCUACCCGUGUACGAGUGGCCCGACGUGGGGCCCGGGGAGUAUGACGUGGGCGUGGUGGCUUCGUUCGGCCGGCUCUUGAGUGAGGCUCUUAUUCUUAAAUUCCCCUAUGGCGUCCUGAACAUCCACCCCAGCUGCCUCCCGAGGUGGCGCGGGCCGGCCCCCAUCAUUCACACCGUUCUGCAUGGCGACGCCGUCACCGGGGUGACCAUCAUGCAGAUCAGACCCAGAAGGUUUGACGUGGGCCCAAUUCUCAAACAGGAAACGGUUCCUGUGCCACCCAGGAGCACCUCCCAGGAGCUGGAAGCCGUGCUCUCCAGGCUGGGUGCCAGCAUGAUUAUUUCAGUUUUGAAAAAUUUGCCUGAAAGCUUGAGUGAGGGGCGACAGCAGCCAGCAGAAGGGGCGACAUACGCCCCCAAGAUCUCCACCGGCAUCAGCUGUGUCAGAUGGGAGGAGCAGACGUCAGAGCAGGUACUCAGACUCCACCGUGCCGUCGGAAACAUAAUUCCGCUGCAGACUCUCUGGACAGACGCCCCCAUCAAACUCCUGGGCUUGGUAGAAGUUCCCACUUCUGUCCUUGCUGAUCCCAAGUUGGCAGAACAGACAGCGGUUCCGGGGUCAGUCAUUUACCACCCGCAGUCACAGCUGCUGCUGGUUCACUGCCAGGAUGGCUGGGUUGGCGUUCAGUCGGUGAUGUUCAAGAAGACCCUCACAGCCAAGGACUUCUACAAUGGUUAUUUGCACCCCUGGUACCAGAAAAGCCCGCAUGCCCAGCCCGGCCAGUGCAGAUUCCAGACCCUCAGGCUCCCAGCAAAGCGGCAGCAGCGGGGAGUGACUGUUGCCAUGCAGCGGGGCACUAAGUAGUUGGCACAGAGAUGGGACCACAGAGUUGGGUGACACCUGCCACUACACACGGCCGUCGGCCGGGAGCCGUAUCUCCAAGCACUGCCUCGACCUGCGAAGAAGAUAUAACUGGAGGAAAGAACGGUCCAUUUUCUCACUUGCCACUCUUGUUUCGCAGUAGUCAGAAACCCUUUUUUCUACUUGAAUAGAUGUUUUAAAUAAAAUGUUUAUUUGUGA